UCAAGGAUACGGAGCGCUGACAGCCGCGUCUCGCCCGCAGGGAAGGCCCUGCAGGAGCGGUACCGGCUGGGUUCGCUGCUGGGGCGCGGCGGCUUCGGCAGAGUCUUCGCGGCCACGCGGCUCUCGGACGGCGCCCCGGUGGCCAUCAAAGGGGUGCCACGGAACCGCGUCCGGCACUGGGGCGAGCUGCCCGACGGCACCAGCGCACCGUUGGAGAUCGUGCUGCUGGCCAAGGUGUCCACCGGCUUCCCCGGUGUGGUGCAGCUGCUGGAGUGGCUCGAGCUCCCCAGAUACAUCGUGAUGGUGCUGGAGCGGCCAGAGCGGUGUCAGGACCUGCGGCAUUUCAUUCGGGCACGGCGGUUGCUGCCCGAGGAGGUGGCGCGGGAGCUGUUCCGCCAGGUGCUGGAGGCCGUGCGGCACUGCACCAGCUGCGGGGUCCUGCACCGCGACAUCAAACCAGCGAACAUCCUGGUUGACCUGGACACCGGGCAGGCCAAGCUGAUCGACUUUGGCUGUGGCACCUACCUGCAAGACACAGCAUACACUCACUUUGCAGGAACACGAUCAUACAGCCCCCCGGAAUGGACCCAGCUGGGCUGGUACUAUGGCGAGGCAGCAACGCUCUGGUCCCUGGGCAUCCUGCUGCACCAGAUGGUCUGCGGGGAGCACCCUUUCAGGAGGGGCCAGAACAUCACCUGGGACCAUCAGCUCUCGCUGCCACAAAGGCUCUCUCAAGAGUGCCAAGAUCUGAUCAGGUGGUGUUUAUCCGUGCACUUCUUGGACAGACCCACAUUAGAAGACCUGCUCUGUGAUCCUUGGGUGCAGGAUAUUCCUCAUCCGUAG